GCCUGUCCUGCAACUCGCCCGGCCCACGCGAGGAGGGGGGCGCCGAUAUUGGGGAGCCUGCGUGGUUUGGCAGGAUGGUGGCCCCGGCCCCGGGUGCCUGCGUGCCUGCCGUGCGCAUCGAUCUUGGGGGCACAGCUCAGCUGGGGGCGGGCCGUUCUCUUCGUGCGCCCAACUCAUUUAGCCCGCCGCCUCCGCCCGCGCGCGAUUUUGACUGACAGACGAAAGCCGGUAGCUGUUAGUUUGCUCCGUAGAACUGCAGGAAAGCCCUCCGCGCUACUGGCAAAGCGCCGCGCGCGGCCGCUUGCGUGCCUGGCGCAGCCAGGGAGAAAGAUUCGUCGGCGGAACAAGGAGA